AUGUCAAACAAAAAGUCAUCGAUUGUCAGUAAGUUGAAAAACACUCCAUUCAGAGAAAUCAGCCUGUUGCAGAAUGUUAAUGAGGGCAACGGAAAAAAGAGUGUCAAAAAUGUGUUUUCCGUAACUCCAGAACUAGAACAAGCUCAUGUUUUCAGUUCUACCAAGAGGUCGCCACUAGCUCAUUUUACGACAAAAAAUCAACUGCUUUCUAAAGUUGAAACAACUUCAACGUCAGCGUCAUCUCAAAUAAAAACGUUUGACAAUCAUUUUUCAGCAGAACCACCAAAAUCAUUAAAACGUUAUAAAGGGCAAGUCUGUUGCAUUUGUAGGGACCCCUUACGGCUUGCACUACCGGGGCAAGUAAUUUUACUACUCCUGUGUGAACAUUUGUGUCACAAGAAUUGUUUUUUGACGUUACUAGACCUACAGGAUAGAAAAAGGUUACCUAUUUGCGACAUAUGCAAGGUUCCCACUAAUGUAGCUGAUGAAGAUGUCUACCUAGAUAUGAUCAACGCUAUUACAACAGUUGAGGAGUCAAACGUAGAUAGCGGUACAACGAAUGAAGAAGAAGUUGAUUUUACUAUGGAUGUUUCCACUCCUGUGUUACUGCAAAAUAUUUCAGAGCCUUGGGUUAACACACCCACAGACCAAUUAUUGAAUGACCAACUUAAUACCCCAUCCACAUCAAGGCAUGGAAUCGAUUACGAGUCAUUACUUUACAACCCCAACAUAACCUGUAUGAGCGACAUUCACCCCAUCAGACUUAAUGAGAGCCAUGAGAUCAACUGUGUAAUAAAUAUCAAACCACCAGCUAUUUACAACGACUCCAACCUGCAAUUCAUUCCUUCCGAGUUGAAACUAAAAUGGGAAGUUUCAAGUUAUAUUAGUCAACAAUUGGGCUUAAAUAGAGAGAUGGGGGAAUUGAUUAUUUUUGACAAGAUGAAGAUCAGCAUUGACGGGGAAGAGUGGGAUGACUCUUGCAUUUAUUUGUUUAGUAAGUAUUUGUUAGUGUAUAACGGUGAAGCCCUAGCAGGCAUGAUUUCAGUUUUAGAUGAUUUGUGCUUGGCCAGCCUAACUGGCGGAGUAUUGAAUUUGAACUUGACCGAGAGUACGUUGCCAGAGUUGUACCUCUAUAAUCAAUUCAGUCAAACCAUAACAGAAAAAUGGGAGUAUGUUUUAUGCAAAUUGAUGGAUCGUAAACAACCAAUUAUAAACUUGUUUCAAUUUACCAGCACCUGUUGGUUGGACCUUCAAUACGGCGUUGAUGUUCCACUGAACUUGAUACGUUUCAACAACCUCCUCUUACAAGGAGGAGAGUUGCCUAGCUCGUAUAUAAUAAAAAUAUUACCUUGUCCUCAGCCACUUGCAAUGAACCUUAUUGUUGCUGUUCCGUUAUUCAACAAAACAAAGUUGUGCAACACUGAGUAUCUUCAUUUGUUGCAAAAAUUACUUCACAGAAUCCGCUCCACCUUAAAUGCUACCGAUAAAUUAGCGAUUAUAUUCCUCGGAGUGGACUGUUUGCACAGACCUAAGGCAAGUGGAACCUUUGUGGGGUGUGUCGAAGCCUCGUGGGAUGGUUGGGACGAUUUAAUAAAUGAUAUGAGUAUUGUCCCAAAUAUAUUCAAGAAUAAUUUUCAAGAGUUAAAUAUUGCUUUCCAAAAGUGUGCUGAUUUAUAUCCAUUCAUCCCGAUUCAAGGGAAUUCCAUCAACAAAUUUCUUCUACUAAACUGGGGAGACUAUAAAGAUGAUGGUCAGCUGCAUUCAAUAUUUAAUAUGAACAAGAUCAAAAGGGUUUCGUUGACUAUAAUAAGAGUUGGUUCACAUUUGGACAUUUUGGAAGACGUUGAAGCCCUCUCCAAAUUUGAGUAUGGAAAUGAUCCAGUACUACGGUUUGAAACUCCUGAGAAACUAAUUACUUCGGUUGAACCAUUGAUGAGCCGGAUACAAAGCAUUUGCUUACCCUAUUUGCUGGUUGAAGUAAAAACCGAGAUUAACGCCACAAUUACAUCUAUGGAACUGUUUGGUUCAGUUGAGCAAACAAAUAUCCAGUCUCAAAAAAUUUGCUUUCGAGGGGUAGUCCCAUCUGAAGAAAGAAACUUUCUCCUCACAAUCAAAUUAUACCAGAUCCCUCAGGAUUUCGAAAAGGUUCCAAUACUUAAAUAUACAGCAAGGUGGCGUGGCGACAAAUCCAUACAAAGAAUAGUGUAUGCUAAGCUUGGUGUGAUUAGGCCCCCAAUAACACCUACCGAAAAUGAUACUAUAUUCUUCAGUGAAGCCACAAAUGCGGGCUCUUUUGAAAAAGAUCAUCCCAACAGAACCUAUUAUUUGGAUAUACUUCUUUUACCACUCUUAUCACCAAGCGGAAAUGCCUCAUUUGCAAAGCGACGUGCAGAAUUACUAAUAGUUCAGUACUUGCGCCAAGCAAUUGCGGAAAAGGAUUCUUCAACGUUGAAGGCAGCUGUUUCAGUGGUUUAUAGACUAUUAAAAUGUAUCUCUCCAGAUUUUGAAGGUGAGAUUGUUUCGCAAAGAGCACAGCUUGACUCAAAUGCCAAGGAUCUCAGUAUUUUGGACUUGAUGGCAAUGACGAGGUCAGGUAAUUUGGAAAACCAAAGAUAUGUGUAUUUACUAGUUGGCCAACUUGAACAAAUUAUUCCUUUAUUUGAUAUUGACCCAACCAAUGCUGUGGACAGAUGCUUCGAUUUGGUUUAUAGUUUAGUUUGA